UGUAAAUUGGUUGGUGUUGGCUUUUUUUUUGUUUUAAUGUGUGCAGUAGAGUCAUUUGUCAAUCAGAGACGGACCGAGAUUUAGUUUUAAUUAUAUUUUUUUAUAUAUUUGUGUUGGUGCUUCGUCCCGGUGCGACAAAAUAUAAUACAAUAAGGCAUCUUGGCCGAAUGGUGUAUUUUUCUUUUAAAGCUCCAGAGAGACGAAAGGAGGCUGUAGAAAAAAAGAGGGACAAAAAAAAAGAGAGAGUUGAAGCGUCUUUCAAAAGAUAUUCGAAGUAAUAGCGAGAAAGUUAAUGGAUUUUAUUCUUUAGAAUGUGUUUGUCUCCCAACGCUUAUUCUGGAAAACGAGCUGGAAAAGAAGGAUAAAAGCAUCCGCUCUCCCAAAGUACGCGAGGUCACGGGGAUGGAAAUGCGCUUGUGAACGUUGCCAUAGUGGCAGAAUUGCUGCUUCGCUGCCUGCCCGGGGUUGUUAGCGAAGCCCCCCACGAGUUGCGCACAAGUCGCUUACCCCCUGGGGAGGAACGUGAGAGCUGGCAGUACACCUGCCCGCUCUUCAUCGAGAACCGGAGCCGUUCGCUGUAGUGGAAGUUGGACAUCUGCACUUGUGUACACCUCGCUGAGUUCCCUCGUUUGGGUGCAGAGGAGACAAGAAAAGCAGCUGCGGCGGGAGAGAAGGAAGAAAAGGGAAAGUUCAGCUAAAGCUGCUAAUCAACGUAUCUGGAGAGGAGUUUAGGAAGACACAUCGGAGAGGAGGCUGAAAAAAAAACAGGAAAAAGGAAGGUUCUCCUGGGGGAGAGUUCAAUUGUACUGCUGAAAUUAGAGCUGGUCAGUCUCCUGGAGCAAAUGUCCAAAUCCUGUGUACAUUAACUGGAGCUACCCUGCCACCUAAGGUUUGCAUCACCUCUGGUAACUUCAAAGCUUCCUGCUCUUCUGUGGUGCUUUGCCUUCUCAGCACUUGGUUAUCCACAGUGACUGAUGUGUGUUCUCUAACUUUUAUGUUUAACUAAUCUACAAGUUAACAGGCGUCCCGCUCUCAGGCCAGCCAUGGAUGACUAUGAUGUAAGGUCUGCUGCUAGUAUUUUAGCAUCUGUUAAAGAACAGGAGGCCCGCUUUGAGCGGCUGACCCGAGCCCUUGAAGAAGAGCGUCGCAAUGUCUCCUUACAGCUGGAACGGGCCAAUCAGCCCUCUGACCGCCUGAGCUUGUGCAACACCACUGGCAGCCAGCCGCUGGCAUGGCAGCAGAUCGUAAUGCAGGAACAAAGCCCCAGUAACCAGACCUCCAUUGCUAUGAUGCAGGAGCCACAGGAAAUGGUUGAGGAAACUGUCACAAUUGAAGAGGACCCCGGCACACCCACCUCCCAUGUAUCUGUGGUAACCUCAGAAGAUGGGACAACCCGCCGCACAGAAACAAAGGACGUGCCCACCAACAUGAAGGUGACCAAGGUUGUCAAAACCAUCACACGACGCACCUACGUACCUGUGACAGUAUCUGAGACGCUGCUGGAGUCUAAGCCCACCACGCCUACACCGGACCCAGACCCAGUCACAAAAAUGGUCAAAACUGUGACUACUCGGACAGUACGUCAAAUUCCCAUUGGUCCAGAUGGCCUGCCAGUCCCAGAAGGAUCCUCUCCCCUUGGCAGUUACACAGACUCCAUGGACAGAAGAUUUAUGAAGAACGGUGACCGUUACAUCACUCCACAAGCCUCAUCCACCCUUAACAGAUCAUAUAAUAGCUACAAUGAUUCAUAUAUUGACAGCCCAGAUACUCAGUUCCGGCCAUACCCUAUCCAUGAUGGUUUCACAGACAUGUCGGAUCACUAUGGUAGCCUUUCUAGAGGGGUCAACUACCGCCCACGUUAUGCAUACGUACCUGCAAAUAACUAUAGGCCAGAGAACAGCUACACCCUUCCCAUUCGGAAGGAUGACUACGCCCACAUGGCUCAACCCCAGCUGCCCAUUGGUAGCAAUGUGGAGUUGAAUCGCUCCCAACCUGAACGGUUUCAGCCAGAGCCCUAUGGACUGGAGGAUGACCGUCGCAGUCUUGGGCCUGAUGAGGAGGAAGCCUAUGGCUUGGAACCAGACUACUCAACUGCCAACAGGAGGACUCCAGGGGGAGGUGUAGACAGAGGGAGACCAAGUCGUGAUCGGAGCAGAAGGCGAGGAGGCUAUGAUGACCCCAUUGAGGCAGAGUUGAUUGAAGAGCGACACCCAUACCUCCACAGUGUCUACACGGCACCCUUGGCACAACCAGAACGAGGGAGCAUGGCAAGUUUGGACCGUAUGGGACGUCGUUCCCCCUCAGUCGAUAGUAUCCGCAAAGACCCACGAUGGAGAGAUCCUGACCUGCCUGAAGUCAUCGCCAUGCUCGGACACCCCAUUGACCCAGUCAAGUCAAAUGCCGCCGCCUACCUACAGCACCUGUGCUAUGAGAACGACAAGAUUAAGAAGGAUGUGCGCCAUCUCAAGGGAAUCCCUAUCCUAGUAGGACUCUUGGACCAUCCAAAGUCAGAGGUCCACCGCAAGGCUUGUGGAGCCCUCCGUAACAUUUCUUAUGGGAAAGACAACGAUAAUAAAGUGGCCAUCAAGAACUGCGAUGGUAUACCUGCCCUCAUUCGCUUGUUGAGGAAAACCAACGACAUGGAAGUGCGGGAACUGAUCACAGGAACACUGUGGAACCUUUCCUCCUAUGAGCCCUUGAAGAUGGUCAUUAUUAAUCAUGGCCUUCAAACCCUAACAAAUGAAGUAAUCAUCCCUCACUCUGGUUGGGAGCAUGAGCCUAAUGAGGAUUCAAAGCCUCGAGAUGCAGAAUGGACAACAGUCUUUAAGAACACAUCUGGAUGCCUAAGAAACGUCAGUUCUGAUGGAGCUGAGGCCCGCAGGAGACUUAGGGAGUGUGAUGGUCUGGUAGAUGCCCUGCUUCAUGCUUUACAAUCUGCUGUGGGAAAAAAAGAAAUGGAUAACAAGUCUGUGGAAAAUUGUGUGUGUAUCAUGAGAAACCUCUCAUACCAUGUUCACAAAGAGGUGCCUGGAGCUGAAAGAUUCCAGGAGACAUCAGCUAAUCAGAAUUCAGGCACUGGAGGGACGCAGAAAAAGAAGAAAGAUGAUGCAGGUUGCUUUGGAGGAAAGAAAGCUAAAGAGGAGUGGUUCAACCAAGGCAGGAAAAAUGGAGAGAUUGACAAGAACUAUGACACUCUGGAUUUGCCAAAACGUACUGAGCCCACCAAAGUAAACAGGGAACAGCAUCCUUCAUGGCAUGGUUUUGAGCUCCUUUAUCAGCCUGAGGUUGUGCGCCUCUACCUGUCUCUUCUCACUGAAAGCCAGAACUACAACACAUUGGAGGCUGCAGCGGGUGCCCUACAGAAUCUAAGUGCUGGACAGUGGAUUUGGUCUACAUACAUAAGAGCGACUGUACGCAAAGAAAAGGGUCUACCAGUACUUGUAGAGCUGCUUCGUUCUGACUCAGACAAGGUUGUUCGUGCAGUGGCUAUUGCCCUCCGAAACUUGUCUAUCGACAGGCGCAACAAGGAUUUGAUUGGGAGCUAUGCUAUGCGAGAUCUUGUCAGUAAUUUGCCCAGUGGUCAGCAAAGGCCUGCCAAGAACUUAGAAGAAGAUACAGUGGUGGCCAUCCUUAAUACAAUCCAUGAGAUUGUAACAGACAGCUCAGAGAAUGCCCGAUCCCUCAUACAGGCACAGGCUCUGGAGAAGCUAGUGGCUAUCAACAAAACCAGCCAAUCAUCACGUGAGACAAAGGCAGCUUCCCAUGUCCUGCAGACGGUGUGGAGUUACAAGGAGCUGAGAAAUACAUUACACAAAGAAGGCUGGAAUAAAUCUCACUUUCAGCCAUUGGCAGCUGCUGUUCCAAAAGGUUCCAAAGGAGGAAAACCAGGCUAUGAUGACAGCACACUGCCUUUGAUGGAGAGAAACCAAGGAAACAAGAAAUCAAGCAACGGUGAUAUGAUACCAAUGGAUGAGCUUGGCCCUGAUGCAUAUUCAACAAUUGACCACAGGAAUAAAGAGUGCAAGUAUAAAAAUGAAGAUGGUCGUGGAGAUUUAACAGAACGAGAACCUUUAAAGAGUGAUUCAAGUAGGAAAAACUAUAUCAGGAAUAACAGGCCGUCAGUGAAUCUGGUGGAGGCAUGUGACACUAAACCUCAGCCUGUUGACUCUUGGGUCUAAUUGCAUGCAUGGCAUAGUCUCCAAAGUAAGGGGUAUCUCUUCUUUCACCACUGCCAUGAGAUUCAGAGGUCAUUAUAUCAUGGACAAGUCUACGGAGUGAAAAGUGUAAAGGAACAACAUGCUGAAAUCACAGGGAUAAAAACCUAAGAAUGAAAGAAGACUUGUGAUCACUACACAGCAGAGACAUUCAUGGAGUUCAGAAAGAAGCUACAAACCUUUGCUCAUGUCUACAUUCCCACAUAACAUAACAUAUACCCAGCAAGGCCAAAAAGCACUCUGCUGCAGCCGCCUAGAUUCUUCAGUUUUUCUAAUGUGAGAUGGGAGCGUGUCAAGUGGAUCUGUGAUGGAGAAUCGGAGACAAAAUUUAGGAGGUUCUGAGAAGGAAAAAAAGACAAUAAAAAAAUCAGUAAAUGUACUGAGAUUAUGUGGGGGUUGUGCCAGCACUUUUUUGGAAUUGUACUUUUUUUUCCCUUAUUUUUUGUUCUAGGGUGUGGAGGGAGAGCUUGUGAAUGUUGGUUUGAGGGAGUAUUAAGUCCAGGGAGGAUAAGUUUUUUUGAAGAUUGGGGCUGUUGUGGAAUUGGCUGGUUGUACUCACCGCAGGACGUAGAGCUGCUCUUAUGGCAAUGUGCUGGCUUUGUCUCAACUUUUGGACUGUUUUUAUUCAUGGAAAGCAUUAUUUACGCAAUGGAAGCCUCUGUGCAGCUCCUCUUUCAAGACUCAUUUUUUAAACUAAGCAUAGACAUAUGGGGUGUGCGGAGAGUGCCACUUACUCUGAUUUUUACUAACCUUUUUCUGUAGAGGAGGCAGCUUUGAAAUGUACUUUGUACAAAUGGAUUAUAUUUUAUUUCAGUAAACUCAAUGUUUAUUCUGUUAUGACGCACCUUAGUGCAUAGAUGUACAAAAAAGCCAAUUCUGCGUAUCCAAGUUUUAAGAGGAUAAAAGGUUAACACUGGAAACAUGUAGCUGGGCUCGAUUGGUCUACUCAUCCCAAUUAACAAGUCCAUUUCAACACAGUGUCUUUUGGGUUGGUUCUCUUUUUUUCUAAAUGAAUAUAAAAGAGAUGUUUCGUUUCACUCACUGCAGCCUGUCUGUCUAAUGUGAGAACACACUUAAGAAGCCAGUGAACAGCCAUGCAGUGGCAUUUUGUGUAAACUGAAUUAACGGCAAUAUUGCUGAAAACAUAUUUGUUUAAUUAGAGGAUUUAUUUCAGUUUUAAGAUAUUGUAAUUUUUAAACUGAUUGCCAAAAUUUAAAACACCUACUUACACAUUAUGUGUCAGAUAAGGACAGACUCUAGGGUGCCACAUUAGGUUUUUACUGCCAUUGUUCCAAACACAGGGAAAAAAAAGUUAAAAUCUGAUUAACAAAUAAGCAGCAAUGUGACUUAAAUGUGACUGAAAAUAUUUGCUGGUUUAAAUAAUGCAUCUUUUUAACUCUUUGUAAGCAAGCAUGAAACAGAAGUGAGUGUUGUGUGAAGUCAGCUCCUGUGCCUGCAGUAUCUUAUCUUAGUGUUGCUUAUAGUUGCGCUUGCUUCUCAGUCCAUGAGGCAUGUAUGGCAGGAAACUGGCACUGUAAUGCUUAACGCAAAAUAUGGGGUUUGCAUUCGUGCAUUCCGACUAAAACGAGAAUCACCAUUUGUUCUCUACAGUGUGAAGGUAAGGGAGGAGUGGAAGGGUAGCUUGCUGUUGUGUUUUGUCUUUUUCAGUAUAAUAAUGCAGACCCUAAGUUAGCAGGGGAAAUUGCCUUGUUGGCACACAGCACACUCACAUGAGGCAUCGGAUUGCAGGGCCGAGGUCACUCCAGGAGCUGGUCAAGGAAACGUUUGUUCAUCGAAAAGAAGAAAAAAAAGGAAUGGCAUGUGCCUGCAGUGUAGCAUUUUAUUUUUGUGUGAUCAUUGUGAAUUUCUUAAGUCUAUAUUUUAAAUUUCUAAACACACGUAAUAAUAGCUUAACAAGCCUAAUUUUUUUAUUUUUACAGCCUGUGUUUAAAAAUAUACAUAUACACGUGUGUAUAUAUGAUUUACACACAUUUGUGUGUGCGUGUGUGUGUGAAUCUACAUUUUUACUUUCCUAAGAUGAUGAUGAUGACCUCUGACCCUGGCUGUUUAGCAGUGUGCAACCAAAGGGUAUGAAUAGUAUUUUUUUUAAUAAAAGCAAACAGUUGAAAAAAAAAAAAAUAUAUAUAUAUAUAUUAAAAAUAUGACCAGGGAUUUGUUGUUGAAUAUAUUUUAAAAUGUACUUUAAUUGUACCAGUAUAAAAGGAGCAUUCGCAAACCACAACUGAGAGAACAAGGGACAAGGAUGAAUUAACUGUUGUAGAUAUUACUGAGGAAAAUGUUUAAUAAAGUAACUGUACUACUUAGUAGCAAAUGUGUUUGUAACUAUCAUGUGCCUUAAACUUUUCAUGGUAGAUUUGAAAAGAUGAAGAAUUAACCAUGUGUUUUAUAUGCUAUUAUUCUCUUAGCUUUGUCAAUGUAGUCUAGAUUGGUUGGGUUUUCACAUUGUAUUUACAUUGUAUUAUAAACUUGAAACUUGUUGACGAUGGUUUCAGUUCAUAGAAGAAGUGGUUUUAUGCUUUCAUAGAUCCCAAUGCAGUGCUACCGAAUGUAUUAUGUUAAUUUCACUAAUAUCCUGCAGCAAGUAUUCGGCUUGUUUAAAAAAGUAAAUAAACAAAUGCAGAAAAAUAA